AUGACAGUGUGGAGGAGGAGGAGAAAGGCCCAGCAGGAGGACCACCAGCGCUUCCGAAGUCAGGAGGGAGAGAGAGAAACAGCCAUUGGCACCGGCUGGGACCUGUGGGUCCAGAGGGUCCCCCUCGUUUCUCGUGGUGUGGGAAACGAGGAGCUGGAGGAGAGGACAGCUCCCUCUGCUCCCACCUCCAUGGCGACUCCGCCCCCUCCGGGGCUGGCCAGCCGGCCCAGGCUGCCUAACCUCCCUCCCUCCUUCUGCAACCCGAGUCCCGGGCGGCGGGCCGGCGUAUCGGGUGACCGCGGCGACGCAGCCACCAGCCUCCGCCGAUCCUCGGCGGGGCUGCGCCGGCGGGGCCGCGCCGGGGGAGGGGGCCGGAGAGAGGAUGUGCUCGGCGGCGCGCCGCGCCGCGCCAGGUGGAGUCGCGGUUACCGGGGCGACCGGGGCCCGGGCCGGCUCCGCGGCGGCGGCUCUCGCAUUGCAGCAAAGGGCACCGGCGGCGGCGGCGGCGGCGGCUGCGGAGGCGGUGGCCGGGGGAGGGGAGAGCCCGGGCGGCAGCCAAACUACUGGAGUUUCAAGACCCGCAGCUCACGCCACACUCAGGGAGCCCAGCCCGGGCUGGCAGACCAGGCAGCCAAGCUGUCAUACGCCUCGGCUGAGUCGCUGGAGACCAUGUCCGAGGCGGAGCUGCCCCUGGGCUUCAGUAGGAUGAACCGCUUCCGACAGAGCCUGCCCCUCUCCCGCUCUGCCAGCCAGACCAAGCUGCGCUCACCAGGGGUGCUGUUUCUGCAGUUCGGGGAGGAGACUCGGCGCGUGCACAUCACGCACGAGGUCAGCAGCCUGGACACGCUGCACGCGCUCAUCGCGCACAUGUUCCCGCAGAAGCUCACCAUGGGCAUGCUUAAGUCGCCCAACACCGCCAUCCUCAUCAAAGACGAAGCUCGCAACGUCUUCUACGAGCUGGAGGACGUCCGGGACAUCCAGGACCGAAGUAUUAUCAAGAUCUAUAGGAAGGAGCCAUUAUACGCAGCUUUUCCUGGCUCACACCUUACCAACGGGGACCUCCGGAGGGAGAUGGUGUAUGCCUCGAGGGAGUCGUCGCCCACACGGCGUCUCAACAACCUGUCGCCGGCGCCGCACCUGGCGUCCAGCUCUCCGCCCCCGGGGCUGCCGUCCGGGCUGCCGUCCGGGCUGCCCUCGGGGCUGCCCUCGGGGCUGCAGUCGGGCUCGCCGUCGCGCUCGCGCCUCUCCUACGCCGGGGGACGCCCGCCCUCCUACGCUGGCAGCCCGGUGCAUCACGCGGCCGAACGGCUCGGGGGCGCCCCCGCCGCCCAGGGCGUCAGUCCCAGCCCCAGCGCCAUCCUGGAGCGGCGCGACGUGAAGCCAGACGAGGACCUGGCGGGCAAGGCGGGCGGCAUGGUGCUGGUGAAGGGUGAGGGGCUCUACGCCGACCCCUACGGGCUGCUCCACGAGGGCCGCCUGAGCCUGGCCGCGGCAGCCGGCGACCCGUUCGCCUACCCGGGCGCCAGCGGCCUCUACAAGCGCGGCUCCGUGCGCUCGCUCAGCACCUAUUCGGCCGCCGCGCUGCAGUCCGACCUGGAGGACUCGCUGUACAAGGCGGCGGGCGGUGGCCCGCUCUACGGCGACGGCUAUGGCUUCCGCCUACCGCCCUCAUCGCCUCAGAAGCUGGCCGACGUGGCGGCGCCCCCCGGAGGCCCCCAGCCGCCGCACAGUCCCUACUCGGGGCCGCCCAGCCGCGGCUCGCCGGUGCGCCAGUCUUUCCGCAAAGACUCAGGUUCUUCGUCGGUCUUCGCGGAGAGCCCCGGAGGCAAGACCCGCAGCGCGGGGGGCUCCUCAACGGCCGGAGCCCCGCCUCCCGAGCUCUUCCCCGGGCCUGGGGAGCGCCCGCUGGUUGGAUUUGGGCCGCCGGUGCCAGCCAAGGACACGGAGACCAGAGAGCGCAUGGAGGCCAUGGAGAAGCAGAUUGCCAGCCUCACGGGCCUGGUACAGAGUGCCCUACUACGAGGCUCGGAGCCUGAGACCCCCAGCGAGAAGAUUGAAGGCUCCAAUGGAGCAGGAACCCCGUCAGCACCCUGUGGGUCAGGCAGCCGGAGCAGCGGGGCCACCCCAGUGUCUGGCCCUCCCCCGCCCUCGGCCAGCAGCACUCCUGCGGGGCAGCCCACUGCCAUCAGUCGUUUGCAAAUGCAGCUGCACCUGCGUGGCCUACAGAACAGCACCAGUGACCUGCGCAGCCAACUUCAGCAACUUCGAAAGCUCCAGCUACAGAACCUGGAGUCGUUGCGCGCGCUGCUGAAAGGCACAGAGGCGGAGCUGAGCAUGCGCGUGUCGGAGGCUGCGCGAAGGCAGGAGGACCCGCUGCAGCGGCAGCGCACCCUGGUGGAGGAGGAGCGGCUGCGCUAUCUCAACGACGAGGAGCUCAUUACCCAGCAGCUCAAUGACCUGGAGAAGUCGGUGGAGAAGAUCCAACGGGAUGUGUCCCACAACCACCGGCUGGUGCCUGGGCCGGAGCUGGAGGAGAAGGCGCUGGUGCUGAAGCAGCUCGGGGAGACCCUGACUGAGCUCAAGGCUCACUUCCCAGGCCUGCAGAGCAAGAUGCGGGUAGUGCUGCGUGUGGAGGUGGAGGCCGUGAAGUUCCUGAAGGAGGAGCCGCAGCGCCUAGACGGGCUACUCAAGCGCUGCCGUGGGGUCACAGACAUGCUGGCCCAGAUCCGAAGGCAAGUGGACGAGGGUGUGUGGCCACCCCCCAACAAUCUCCUGAAUCAGUCCCCCAAGAAGGUGACGGCCGAGACGGACUUCAACAAGAGCUUGGACUUCGAAAUGCCACCCCCCAGCCCUCCACUGAACCUCCAUGAGCUGAGUGGGCCCGCUGAGGGAGCCCCUCCUACUCCUAAGGGCAACCCUACCAAAGGCCUGGACGCUGCUGGCAAGAGAAGCGUGGACAAGGCUGUGUCUGUUGAGGCUGCCGAACGGGACUGGGAGGAGAAGCGGGCAGCCCUGACCCAGUACAGCGCCAAGGACAUCAACCGGCUGCUGGAGGAGACGCAGGCAGAGCUGCUGAAGGCCAUCCCUGACCUGGACUGUGCGAGCAAGGCCCACCCGGGCCUGGCCCCCACCCCUGACCACAAGCCCCCGAAGGCCCCCCACGGCCAGAAGGCAGCCCCCCGAACGGAGCCCAGUGGAAGGAGGGGCUCAGAUGAGCUGACGGUGCCUCGAUACCGCACAGAGAAGCCCUCCAAGUCGCCCCCGCCGCCCCCUCCCCGCCGGAGCUUCCCCUCCUCCCAUGGCCUGACCACCACGCGCACUGGGGAGGUUGUGGUCACCAGCAAGAAGGACUCGGCCUUCAUCAAGAAGGCCGAGUCCGAGGAACUGGAGGUGCAGAAGCCCCAAGUGAAGCUGCGCCGGACCGUGUCCGAGGUGGCCCGCCCGGCCUCCACACCACCCAUCAUGGCCUCUGCCAUCAAGGAUGAGGACGACGAGGACCGCAUCAUCGCCGAGCUAGAGAGUGGUGGUGGCAGUGUGCCACCCAUGAAGGUGGUGACUCCAGGGGCCUCUCGGCUGAAGGCAGUCCAGGGCCAGGCAGGCAGCCCCGACAAAGGCAAGCAUGGCAAGCAGAGGGCCGAGUACAUGAGGAUCCAGGCCCAGCAGCAGCUCUUCUGUUUGGACUCAAAGAGGUUCCAGGGCUGCAGCCACAAGAUCUUUCCGUUCACUCAGUCCUUUGACCGAGGGCCGUGUGCCAGUCAUGGCCCCUGCUCACGGGGUCCCGGCCUGCUGACCCCACUUAACCCCGUGGUGUCGUCUGAGACUGGUGUCGUCAAGACCCCUGAGAGGAGAUUUACCCUCGAUUCUGGCUGGAUGGGGGUCCUGGGCCCUGACCCUGUAGCCAGCAAGUUGCCUGAACCUUCCAGGUUAACCACAUCAGAGUCCCACCUGUCCCGCCAGUGA